GUUAGGCCUUCAUCUCUACCUCCAGAGUGUGUACAAACACUGAAGGUGAAUUAUCUUAAAGAAGAGUACUGAGGAUACUAGAAACAGAAAACACACACACAAGUAUCCAUCACCGUGGGUUCCUGUACUUCCAAGGCUGCCCUAGAGCAUAGGAGGCCAGCGAGAUAUUACACCAGAGGACGAAGAGUCCGCAGCCAUUCCCGGUCCAUCAUGCCAGAGGCACCCCAGUCACAACAGUUGAGCGAUUCGAGAGGACGCAUGACCGGCUUCUCAAUGAGCGAGAUUGUACAUGUCGAGACGGCGAACCGUGGCAAGUCGGAGCUUUCCAAGACAUUCCACCUUACGCAGAUGCAGUGGCACCACAGCCAGAGGGACGAUAAAGCAACGAAGAUGCCUGGUUUGACUCUGUCAGCAUUCUUGAAGAUGAUUCUGAUGAUGAAUUCAAGAGUGUGGAUGGAGAUAGUUCGGCAUCCUCGGACGAAGAUGAGGACGAAAAUAAGCAAUAUGAGAGCGCUCCCCGUUUUGCUGACGCACUCUCGUAUUGGCGAGAUAUGCCUUGGUGUGCCUAUGACAUUAUCUAUUGAACAGUACCUGAAAAGAGAUAAAGGUGAUGAUCCUGGACGUAGGAGCCAAAGCAUGUCUUAAGGCCCAUGUUAUCAAGGUUCACUGUCUGCUAGAAAAUAGUGGAAGUCUGCGCAGGCCAGAAUUUGAUUUCUAACGUACAUUGCCACGCAACGAAAAUGUCUGAUUGCAAAGCAGACCAUUUCCCCCCACUUUUCUAUCUUUAUAGAAUUCUUAUGUUCCAAAGAUUUUCCCCAUCUUUUAGUUGACAUUCUAAUUUACACUUCAUAUGUACUGAUUUUGUCAGUAUACAUGUGGAAAUCAUGACGUGCAGCAUAAUGGGUGUGUAAAUACAGUUGGAUUUGGUUGA